AGAAAUUGUUUAUUCCGAGCUCUUGGAGAUCAGCUUGAUGGUACGCCAAAUACUCAUCAGAAACAUAGACAAGAUGUUGUGGCUUACAUGAGGCAAAACCGCAAUGAUUUUGAGCCAUUUGUUGAAGAUGAUGUUCCCUUUGAGAGGCACUUGAGUAACCUGGCUGAACUUGGCACCUAUGGAGGGAAUGAUUGUAUUGUUGCCUUUGCUCGUCUUCAUGAAGUUGUGGUUGUAAUCCACCAACUGAAUGCUCCACUCUGGCAGAUUUGUGGAAGAGAAGGGAAAAAAAAUAUGGCAGAACUUCACAUAUCAUACCAUAAUGGAGACCAUUACAACAGUGUACGGAGAAUUGGUGACUGUACUUCUAGCCCUGCAUGCAUCAAAUUAGCUGUAAGUAUUAUUUUAUUAUAAUCUGACUUUGUUUUC